UCACUGGUGGUCGCUUGUUUCUAUUGCUUCACCUUACUACGUACGACCGACCUCUCCGUUUCCCGCCCUUCUUCACCUCUUCACCUUCACGCCCCCAAGUCCUCGUUCGCCGGCACCGUCGCUGGCGCAAAUGGCUCAGGCCUCGGGGGUUCGCGGCCAGGUCCCUUCCCCUCGUCUAUCUGCUCUCCAGCGCCCUCUUGUACGCUCUACCGCCCUCGCACUCAGGCGCGGAUGUCCAAGUGGGUGGCUUUUUGGUACGACGCGCGACUGGCUGCACCACCUCCGCCGCUUACUACGGGGCCCUGGUCCGCUCGAGUCGACAAGCGACAUGGGUCCGGCAGCAGGGGACGCGGUGGUGUGGCCCGAGUAAAUGCGAUCCUGUCCCCAACAUACGGAGUGCGUGCCACACUCCUCUUCAGUCCGUCAGUCUUCAAUGCCCAAGUUAGUCCAUACCGUCCACAUAUCAGACUGCCGUCGCCACGCCAUGCCAGCCCUGCCUUGUGUAUUGUACCAGAAUGGCCAUCUGGCCGCCGUGGGAUGGGCUGGCAUGGUCUGGCCCGUGGUUGUGCGCCUCCUCUCCAGUCUCUGUCUGAGUCACCCUCGUCUAUCUCAUGCGCGGGAACCAGACAGCAGAAUGCACAUCAUCCGUCAGUCCACUCUCAACCCCCCGAGUUCCAUUGGCAGUCGAGAGUAUGGGUAGCCGCCACAUGCAUAGCGGUAUCAACCAGGCACUUGGCAUCCUCCUCCGAUGCACCUCGAUCCAGCACAGUGCACGUGGAACGCACACCCAAGAUAGCAUCGGAGAAGGAAAGACGAUGAGGGAAGAAGGAGGCGAUGCGGUGCCCAAUAGGAGAAAAGCUCUGCAUUGCACUCCCUCCGCCCCGGCAAUAGAUCCCAUUGCCGCGCACUCCCGCACUUGAUGAUCGGUGAUGGAACAUCAAGCGACCCAUGCAAGCUACCACCGGAACCAUAACUCAGAGGAGCCAUCUUAAACAGAGCUCCUCUUAAGCUCCUCUUCCAAUCUCCUAUCUAAGUCGCAUAAUUGGCU